AUGGAGCGCCUCGGGGUGGGGCCUGGUGCAAUUCCUGUCACCCAGCACGGCCGGGGUAAUGGGUCCGAUGGGUCCCGCCUCUCCAGCACCCUGCGCUUCGGAUCCAAUGGGACAGCCAGUGACCUAGGUCCCCGAGGUGAUUCACCUGCCAGGCUCCCCAUCCAUCAAGUCACUAGUCUUCAGCGUUCCCAGUCCCCAGUGGCAGCGGCCGCCAGCCCCGCGUUCCUCCAGUGCCUCCCGCUUCUGCUCCAGCUGUCAGGCUGGUCCCGAGCAGAGAGGGCCGAUCCUCACUCUCUUUGCUAUGGUGUGACCAUCACCCCUAAGUUCAGACCUGGGCCACAGUGGUGUCGAGUUCAAGGCCAGUUGGAUCAAAAGACUUUCCUUCACUAUGACUGUGGCAACAAGACAGUCACACAAGCCAGUCUCCUGGGGAAGAAAAUAAAUGCCACAAAGUCCUGGAAAGAACAGAACCCAGUCCUGAGAGAGCUGGUGGACAUGCUUGGCAUGCGAAUACUUGGCAUUCAGCUGGGGAAUUACACACCCCGGGAACCCCUCACCCUGCAGGCCAGGAUGUCUUGUGAGCAGAAAGCCGAAGGGCACAGCAGUGGAUCUUGGCAGUUCAGCUUCGAUGGACAGAUCUUCCUGCUCUUUGACUCGGAGAACAGAAUGUGGACAACGGUUCAUCCUGGAGCCAGAAAGAUGAAGGAAAAAUGGGAGAAUGACAAGGAUAUGACCAUGUUCUUCCAUUACUUCUCACUGGGUGACUGCACAAGAUGGCUUGAGGACUUCCUGAUGGGCAUGGACAGAACCCUGGAGCCAAGUGCAGGAGGUAGGAAGAAAAGAAAUGGGGAUCUCGAAUUAGGUCAGAAAUGGUGA